AAUCGUAAAAGUUAGAACUUCGAAUGAUACUCGGCCGCUGCUAAACAGUCACUGGGAGAUGCUAAGCAAACUCUAUUUCAAUCGCCGCUUUGAAUGAUACUCGGCCGCUGCUAAACAGUCACUGGGAGAUGCUAAGCAAACUCUAUUUCAAUCGCCGCUUCUGUACUGCAAUUCAAUCACCGCGUCCAUGGUUGUUCGUUGGCCUGGGCAAUCCAGGGGACAAAUUUAAAGGAACAAGACACAAUGUCGGGUUUAACAUGAUUGAUACUUUCGCGGAGUCGCAAGGGAUCGAUAUGGAUACAGUUUUCUGUAAAGCGAUUUUCGGAAAAGGCAUUGUAGAUGGUGUUCCUGUUUUACUCGCAAAGCCUCAAACAUAUAUGAAUUUGAGUGGUGAAUCGAGUGGCCCACUUGCUGCCUAUUACAAAUUACCUCUAAAUCGAGUCCUGGUGUUCCAUGAUGACAUGGAUUUACCAUGUGGGGUUCUUCGGCUUCAACCCAAGGGAAGCCAUGGGAGCCAUAAUGGGAUGAAGAGUGUGAUUCAUCAUUUCCGUGGGAAUCGUGAGUUUGCACGUUUAAGGAUCGGCAUAGGAAAGCCUCCUGGUCAAAUGGAUCCUAAAGCCUUCUUGCUUCAGAAAUUCAAUGCAACAGCUCAAGAACGAAUUGAUGUUGGUUUGAAAGAGGGAGUUGUUGCAUUAAAAGAACUUGUGUCGAAGGGUGUGGAAGAGAGUGCUAGAAGCUUCAACACAGACCAAAAAUACAAACACAUCAAGAUUUCUGUAAACUGA